GUUGUUGUUGUUGUUGUUGUUACGCAUGCUGGUGGUUUACAUUGGUCCAAUUGAAUAUUCAGUGUGAAAGUUUAACCCCUUCCUGAGUCCUGAGGUUCUGUGCUGAGCCAUACCGAAGAAGUCCGCCCCACUGAGACGGGCACUGUCUUGCAGUGUAGUGGGAGCCUAGCGAUGGCUGUGAGGAAACAGAAAUCUGGGUCUGUCCUGUUCUUAAGCCCUGCAGUUCCCUCUGGCUCAUGUUACAUGUGUCUUAAAGGACUGUGACAGUCUUCUGCACUCCCUGGCUACUCUGACUGGUGAACACGGAAAAAUACAUCAAUACAAAUUAAUUGUUAAUCCAUGUCAACAGAAAGCUCACAUUCCCCAUUUUUCUUUAUGGUGUCAAUCUGUUUUACUCAAAAAACAUGAUUUGAAGUUCUCUUCCAGCCCUCUCACAUCCUGAUCCUGACAAGCUGAUCAUGCUCCAUCUACUUUAGGUCAAAGUCUGAGUCUGUGUGGUUUCAUUUUCUUAGCAUAGUAUAAAAAAAUUGUAAGACAUCACAGUUCAUGUGUUAACACUGAUCAUAAAGCCCAGAGGAGCUGAAGAUAACAGGGGACAAAGUCCUGUUUACAAGGAGCAAGUGAAAGAACAGAGAUUUGACAUUGAGACAGGGGUGUAUCCUGAUGCAGCUGGGGGCCUGGUUGUGUUUCGACCACCUGGAGGGAUAAGACUGGAGAGGGGCAUCUCUCGGGAGGCAGAGGAUCUUUAGGAGCAGCCACGGAUCUGCGCUGACCGGCACAGACAUGCUGUGCACCCUGGGGAGAAGCCUCUCUGUGAUUGUGGCUCUCCUGCAGGUGCGGGGGGCCAGCCCAGGGUCCUUCACUGUCCAGGUUCCUGACAAGCCCCUGGUUGCCCAGCUGGGGGCUGACCUCAUGCUGCCCUGCCACCUCUCUCCGGCCCACAGCGCAGAGCCCCUGGAGGUGCGAUGGGCGCGGAAGGAGAGGAACGAGGAGGUCCACCUGUACAGACACCGUACAGAGAAGCAGGGCAGGGCGUUCGAGGGCCGCGUGAGUCUGUUCAAAGACAGUCUGAAGCAAGGCAACGUCUCUCUGCUGAUCAGGGACCUGCAAGUGUCUGACGAGGGACUGUACACCUGCUUUGUGGAUUCAGGGUCUUACUACGACAGAGGAGAAGUGGAGGUGAAGAUUUCCAUGACUGGCAGUGCCCCCCUGGUCUCUCUGGAAGGGCACGAGGGCGGGGGCAUCAGGCUGUCCUGUCAUUCUGAGGGGUGGUACCCAGCUCCAGAGGUGCUGUGGGCAGACGAGACAGGUGCCCCUGUGCCGAAGACCAGGGGCAUCUUCACCCGGAGCAGGGAGGGGCUGUACUCUGUCAGCACACACCUGCUGCUGUCGGGGCAGGGGCAGGCCGAGGUCUCCUGUGUUCUGGAGUUUGGGGGCAACGGGAGGCAGAUCCAGUCCAGGAUCCACGUCAGCGGUGCUUUUUUCACACCAGCACAGCCCUGGUUCAUAUCUGCUGUAGUCCUCGUUGUCAUCUUUCUCAUUAGUCUCACAUACGUCAUCAUCCUGAAAAAAGAGAACCUCAAGCUAGUAGAAGUCUUGGGUGCAGAGGAAGUCAUAAAGAGAGCUCGACAGUAUGGAGCCGACAUAAUAAUGGAUAAGGAAACUAGUCACCCAAAGCUGCGAGUCUCUGAAGAUGGAAAAAGAGUGCAGUACGAUGAAUCUCUGAACGACGUUCCCAACAAUGAAAGAAGGUAUAAAUACUGGUCAGGGGUGCUGGGAACACAGGGAUUUUCCAAUGGGAAGCACUACUGGGAAGUCAAUGUGGGCGAACUGGAUCACUGGGAUCUUGGGGUGGCCUAUGAGACUGUGCGAAAGGAUCUGAUCGGAGACAUUCAGCCCAACCAUGACUACAUGAGCAUCUGGUUUGUCUACAAUGAGUACAGGGCUCUCGACACAACCAGGCCCCGAAUCCAGACCAAGGGAACAGUUCACACAGUGGGCGUGUUCCUGGACUAUGAGGGUGGAAAGGUCUCGUUCUAUGACGUGGAAAACAAGUUUCACUUGUACACAUUCAGUAAGAAUUUCGAAAGGACACUGUACCCCUUCUUCAACCCUUGGGGGAACACUAAGCCUCUGACUAUAACCAAGACAAGUGAACAAGCCCCAGAGCCCAGCCCUGGACGACAAACUAGAGGAAAAUGCUUUAUGACUGCUUGCAAACGAUUUUAGUUUUUCUCAAACUCUUUGAUGUUUUUUUUAUUAAUGCAAGAUAAAACAUGGAAAAUAAGAUCUUUAAGCAGAUUAAUUCGUAACAUACAAACAUGCCAACAGACAAAAGUCUAAUUGUAAAAUGGAGGAAAGAAAACAAGGAAAAGGCAAACAGAGGUUUUAUUUGUAGUGAAAAGAGGAAAGUAAUGAGUUAAUUAAUAAAACUGUUGUUAAUUGUACUUGUGUACUGUUUAACAGCAGACAGAGGUUUGGACAACGCCUCAGAGCCUCACGUCUGUGUUACUGUAAAUCCAAAUCACACAACAGAGCAGGAGUUAACCUCUCACCUCUGUAAACUAACCUGCUUACUCCUCUUGCAGGAUGAGUCUGUGUCCAGAUUCCUCUUAACCUUGAGUAUUAAUUAGCACAGCACACCUUCAUCCUCUGAAUGUACAGUGCUCAUGAAGAGUUAUGUUUUGUCCUAGUAUUAUCUUAAAAUAAAACAUGCAUGUAAAGGAAAAUAA